AUGGUUAAAUUCAUCAAGUCCGGUAAAGUUGCUAUCGUCACCCGUGGUCGUUUCGCUGGUAAGAAAGUCGUCGUUGUCAGACCUCACGAUGACGGUACCAAGUCCCACUCUUUCUCUCACGCCAUUGUUGUUGGUGUCGAGAGAGGUCCUUUGAAGGUCACCAAGGCCCACAGCGCCAAGCAACUCGCCAAGAGAACCAAGGUCAAGGCUUUCGUCAAAUUGGUCAACUACAACCACUUGAUGCCAACUAGAUACUCUUUGGACGUCGAGUCUUUCAAGAACUCUGUUACCCCAGAGACCUUGAAGGAGCCAACCCAAAAGGAGGAAGCCAAGAAGGUUGUCAAGAAGGCUUUGGAGGAAAAGCACCAAGCCGGUAAGAACAAGUGGUUCUUCUCCAAACUCAACUUCUAA